AGUCGCUGUCAGCUAGCCAGGGAGCUGGCGUCUUGGCAGGAGCUGCAGUGGAGCUGGAAGGGUUGGCAUGGAGAGACUAACACCUAGGGGACCACUUGGCAAUCCUCACCAGGGGGAGGCCUCUGCCUGCUGGCGGCUCACCGUGAGAGUCCUGGAGGCGCGGGGCCUGGGCUGGGCUGACCUGUUGAGCGAGACAGACCCCUAUGUGAUCCUACAGCUGCCAACCGUACCUGGAACAAAGUUUAAGACCAAAACAGUCACCAACUCCAGUCAUCCCAUAUGGAACGAGACCUUCAAUUUCCUAAUCCAGAGUCAGGUCAAGAACGUUCUGGAGCUGAGCAUCUAUGAUGAGGACUCAGUCACGGAGGAUGACGCCUAUUUCAAGGUUCUCUAUGACGUCUCAGAAGUCCUCCCUGGCAACCUGCUCCGGAAGACUUUCUCCCUGAGUUCCCAGGGUCAGGAGGAGCUGGAUGUGGAGUUCCUGAUGGAAGAAACGUCAGACCGCCCAGAAAGUCUCAUCACCAACAACGUGCUUGUGGCCCGAGAGCUGUCAUGCCUGGAUGUCCGUCUGCACAACGCAGGGAGCAUGGCUGUGGCUGCAGAUCAGGAUGAGCUGGAGCUGGAGCUGGUGCUGAAGGGGUCAUAUGAGGACACACAGACAUCUGCCCUGGGCACAGCCUCUGCCUUCUGCUUCCACUACAUGGUGGCCCAAGAGGCAGAGCUGAGUGGGCGCCUGAGGAGCUCCGAGAGCAAUGGCUGGAACUCAGACAAGUCAGUAGGGCACCUCACUGUACCCCUGAGGUCCUUGACCACAGGGAAGGAGGUGACUAUUGACCUUCCUGCUACAAAUGCCCCAGGAGUGAGGCUGCAGCUCAAGGCUGAGGGCUGCCCUAAGGAGCUGGCUGUGCACCUGAGCUUCGAUCUGUGUGCGGAGGAGAAAGCCUUCCUGAGCAGGAGGAAGCAAGUGGUGGCCAAGGCGCUGAAGCAGACCCUGCAGCUAGACGGAGACCUGCAGGAGGACGAGGUCCCCAUCGUGGGCAUCAUGGCCACAGGAGGAGGUGCCCGGGCCAUGACCUCUCUCUACGGCCACCUGUUGGCCCUGCAGAAGCUGGGCCUCCUGGACUGUGUGACGUACUUCGGUGGCAUCUCAGGCUCUACAUGGACAAUGGCCCACCUCUAUGGGGACCCGGAGUGGUCCCAGAGGGACCUUGAGGGACCCAUCGGAUAUGCCCGAGAGCACCUGGCCAAGAGCAAGCUGGACGCCUUCUCCCCAGAGCGCCUGGAGAGCUACCGCCGGGAGCUGGAGCUUCGGGCCGAGCGGGGCCACCCCACGACCUUCGUGGACCUGUGGGCUCUCGUGCUGGAGGCCAUGCUGCACGGCCAGGUGAUGAAUCAGAAGCUGUCAGGACAGAGAGCUGCACUGGAGCGGGGCCAGAACCCUCUGCCCCUCUACUUGAGCCUCAAUGUCAAAGAGAACAAUCUGGAGACCCUCGACUUCAAGGAGUGGGUUGAGUUCUCGCCCUAUGAGGUUGGGUUCCUGAAGUAUGGAGCCUUUGUCCCAUCCGAGCUCUUUGGCUCCAAGUUCUUCAUGGGGCGGCUGAUGAAGAGACUCCCCGAGUCCCGGAUCUGCUUUCUGGAAGGUAUCUGGAGCAACAUUUUCUCCGUGAACAUGCUGGACGCCUGGCAUGACCUCACCAGCUCUGGUGAUGCCUGGAAGCAGCAUAUCAAGGACAAGAUCAGGCGCCUGGAGGAGCCCCCUGCCUCCCCGAGGACCUCCUCACGGCCAGAGACCGCUUGGCUGCAGCCUGGAACGGCACUGGCCCAGGCGUUUAAGGGCUUCCUGACAGACAGGCCGCUCCACCAGCACAGCUCCAACUUCCUCCGGGGCCUCCAGCUGCACCAGGACUACUGUCGCCAGAAAGACUUCGCCACCUGGGCAGACUGCCAGCUAGACUCCACCCCCGGCCAGCUGACCCCGCAGGAGCCCCAGCUCUGCCUGGUGGAUGCCGGCUACUUCCUCAACACCAGCUGUCCCUCCAUGUUCCGGCCAGGCCGCAGGCUAGACCUCAUACUCUCCUUUGACUACUCCCUAUCCUCGCCCUUUGAGGUGCUGCAGCAGACUGAGCUGUACUGCCGGGGCCAGGGGCUGCCGUUCCCCCGCGUGGAACCCAGCCCUCAGGACCAAUGCCAGCCCAGGGAGUGCCACCUCUUCUUGGACCCCACCUGCCCUGAGGCCCCUGUCCUGCUGCACUUCCCGCUGGUCAACGCCUCCUUCAAGGACCACUCGGCCCCUGGUGUCCAGCGCAGCCCCGCAGAGCUCCCAGCUGGCCAGGUGGAUCUCACGGGGCCCACCUCGCCCUAUUCCCUGUUCAACAUGACCUACAAGAAGGAAGACUUUGACCGCCUGCUGCAGCUCAGUGACUACAAUGUACGCAACAGCCAGGGCGCCAUCCUGCAGGCCUUGAGGACCGCUCUGAAGCACCGGGCCCUGGGGGCCAAGCCUCCAGGGGUGCAGACUUGAGGCUGCUCAGGGGGCCCAGGAUCCUGAGGGCCACACGCUGACCCUCUGGAGGCUGGGGGCUUAGCCCACCCACAGCUGAGCACAGCCACAGCCCUUGACUGGGGCUCUGGACUGGAGUUCUUGGCUCUCCCGGGCCUGGGCCACCUCUGCAGCUGGUCUCACUGCCCAGAAGGGGCUGUGUCCCACCCAAAGUUCUCCCUCACUUUCGUAGCUGGUUUGAGAGAGUGAAAAAUAAACUCCUCACCAGACCGGUGUAGAACAGCUGGUCUGACCAGACAAACAUUCACACAUAAUUAUUUUCAUGUUUGAGCAGAAUGGAUUUGGGACACAAGCUGGAGGUGUCAGAUCAGGAGUGGGGACAGGCAGGGCAGGCACGGCCUGACAGACAGGUGGCUCCAGGGAUCAGGGAUCACAGUCUGUCCUGAAAGUCUCCUCUUCCUCUCCCUCCUCCUCCUUCUCCUCCUCUUUCUUUUUUAUUUUUUCCCAGAGCAGACAAACCAGUUUAGCCAUACAAGCAGAAGUUAAUUUAAAUUAUUUUGCAAAACAAGUGGAACUUAACUAGGGCCACUUCUUGUUAAUGCCUCUGAAAAUCAUAAACAAAAUUUAAACUGUUCC